AUGUCUGAACAGUCCAAGAAGGAGAAUACUUCUGCCAGCGUUCCGGAGCACGUCUUCAUUGACCAACGUCCGGAGUCGGUUCGGAGAGAAAAAUCUAAACUGGUUUCCAGCCAAGCACGACGAUUUCAAAGCGCAGGGAAACGCCAACAGCAGAGGCUUUCCGCGCGGCAAGAUGCUGGAUACGCCCGGAGCUUGGUUGGCUGGAGGUCAACCUCGUCCACGCCUCCGGUCGAAAACCAGGGAAGGGAAUCGCCGCUUACGAGCGGGAUAUCUGAAGAACAAUCAACUGAGUUGGACGAAGCAAACGAGACAGAGAUGAACCUUGCGCUUCAGACAGGACUGCGAACAGACCCCUUCAGUGCCUUUCCUGGUUCGAAUACAAAGGAAGUCAUGUUCAUGGUUGACUAUCAUAUCCAUGUAUGGGCUCCUCAUAAAGCCGGCAAUUUCGACCAACUGAUGGGUUACAAUACACAACUCGACCUCUGCUGGCCACUUGCGCUUCAAGAUGAGAUGCUGUUCGAUGCCACUGUGGCCGUCAGCCAAACAGCAUGGGUCCUGGCUCAGGGCAACCGUCCGUCGGAGGACCAGUUGAUGCUGUAUCAUCGUGGCUUAGCAAUGACGAGGCUGCGACAAAGAGUGUCUUUGAGCGACAACGGACAGGACGAGGCCGUCAUCUUCACGAUUGGCCGAAUGAUUAGCAUUGCCUACAUGUCGAGCGAGGCGGAGGCGUUCGUUGCCCAUUUCGAAGCAUUCCGAAAAAUCGCACAGCGUUAUAUAGACGACCACCCAAACAAUGAGGUCGCUCGAGUGGUUCAGAAUCGGUUAGAUAGCUGGAAAGCCCUGCACGGUUACCGGAAUCGUAAGAUUCUCGUUCGUAAUCACAGCAAUCCAUCAGAACCAGCGAGCACCGAGCCGCAGUCAGGGCGAAGCAGUCCGCCGAAACGCCACAUGCGCGCACAAUCACCAACAUUACUCUCCGGACUAGAUCUUUCAGUCGACCUUGCCGCGUCGCUGAAUUCAAUGCAACGGUUGUUAGACCGAAUCCAGCCAUUUCAAAACCUUGCUGGGCAGAGCAGACGAGCCUUGGAACUUAUUGAAAGGUGCCGCCAAUUCGACCAGAUUCUGCAGUCGUGCGACAACCUCAGUGCAACAGAGAUUCAGCUGUGCUGUGCGCUCGUUGCCUUUUGUCUACAGCUUUACCGUCACCAUGUCGGUGAGGGUCCCGAGGCACAAGGGGCAAAGGGCCAUGACUCUGAGCAGUUUGACUUCUUGCCAGCCCUAGCGGACCUCGCCAGUACGUUUAUCAACAAGCAGCUCGAAGGCUUCUCCGAGUCCGCCGAGCAAAGAAUGUGCCUGACGUGGUCAGCCAUGGUGCUCGGAAGUUUCCUACUCCAUCACCCAGACAACCGACUGCGUACCAAGGGCCAUAUCAUCCACGCCAACCUUGGCCUCAACCUCGGCGAGGGUUUCGUCGGCGAGCUACCACCUUCCGGGACUGCCUCUCUUGCUGACGAGGACAGUGGCUGGACCAACAUCGAGGCCUCACUUAACGGACCCUCGAAAAUGGGCAGUCUGUGGCACACAGACCUCGCGCUGCAAUGGCGCCGAGACUGGCAAGGGUCCGUCAAGCGGCAGAGACGGUGGGAACAACAAGGAGUCUGGAUGAUCGGUGUACCGAAGAAAAUACUCACUGGAGAGAGCGGGAGGAGUAGUCCCGGUGGUAAGGGCAAACGGGCGGCGGUGUCGCCAGAGAGGACGUCGCAUACACCGUUUCCUCUGCUAUCGCUGCAUCAGCACGGUGAGAUCGACGCUAUCGAGUAUCUUGUAUUGAGGGACGCAAGGGACUCGCUGCCCAGGAUCGAAUAA